AUGGACUUCGUUAGUAGGUUGCCCUUGACACCCACUGAGAAAAAUUCUGUGUGGGUCAUCGUGGAUCGAUUGACCAAGUUCACUCACUUUAUUCUAGUUCAGACAAAUUAUUCUCUGCAAAAGUUAGUGAAGCUCUACAUUUCUAAGAUAGCGAAACUGAGAGAUAUCGAGUACUUUGUGGGUGACUUCAUUUUUCUUAAGGUUUUUCCGUGGAAGAAAGUUAUGAGGUUCGAUCGUAAGGGUAAGUUGAGCCCUAGGUUCAUCGGGCCGUAUCAGAUUUUGAAGCGUGUAGGACUAAUUGCUUAUCAGUUGAAGCUGCCUUCGAAAUUAGAUCGUAUCCACGAUGUGUUUUAUAUCUCGAUAUUGAGGCGGUACUGGUCUGGUCCAUCUCACGUUGCCUUUGUUGAAGAGAUUGAGAUUAGACUAGGCUUGACUUUUGAGGAUGAGCCGAUUCAAAUUUUGGUUCGUGAUAUUCAGGUUCUGAUGAGGAAGUCCAUCCUGUUGGUUAAGGUUUUGUGGCAAAAUCAUGGCACUAAUGAAGCCGCGUGGGAACCUGAGGACUCGAUGCAUUAG